AAUCAAUAUUUUAUAAUGGAAAUUUUUAAUAAAUAAUAUUCUUCAUUCUAAUUCAUUAAAUUAUAACAGAAACUUAACAAUGAACUUUUUAGAAUUCCCCGUUGAAAUCGGUGUAACAAUAUUCAACUAUUUAGAUACUAAGACUAAAAUUAAUGUGUACAACUGUUCGGAUCAAAUUAAAGAAUACUUUGCUUUGGGAUGCUGUUUCUUGACUAACAUAGUUCUUUCACGAAGCACCUUAGCAACGGUGAAGACGCUGAAUGAGAAACUAUUCCUAGACCUUGCAGAGUACAUACGAAACCUAAAUUUAAGCGGAGUCCAAGACUUAACAGUGCAGAACUUGAAACCACAUAUACACAGAUUCGUUAAUCUAAAGUCCCUGGACAUAACUUUCACCAACAUCUACUUAACAGACAUAGAAGAAGUAUGUCCAGCGAAAGUUAAAAACAUUGGCAUCAACUUCUUCAGAUGUCCAAGUAGCUAUAGGAAUGAUAGCAACAAAGUAAGAUGUCGAAACACGUUCAAAGAAAGGCAGUUUGAGGCCGUCCAUUUAGUCGUCUUCGAAUACAUUGUUACAGCAUGCCCUCUCCUAUUUCUAAAAGGACUACCGAUGAUAAAGAAAUUGAAAGUUACAAUAUCAGGGUCUGGUAAUAUGAGUGAUGUUUACGCAGACGUAGGAGAUCUAUUGCUUAGUAUCAAUGAUCGUUAUGAAAUUGAACCUAAUUUCAAUCAACUCACUUACCAGCUCAACGUCCUGGCCUCUCCACACAGAUUGUCGAAGCAACUAGAAGGUGUGUCAAGAUUAACAUUCAGUCAACUUGAAUAUAUUUGCAUUAGGCAUUUAACGAAAAUUGAUAUUUACGUUUCACCUAUCUUCAUAAACUUAUUUACGAUUUGCUGUACCGGCGUUGAGGUGACAGUUAGUCCUGAUUUGCCUCCAAAUUUUACGAUGGGUGGCUAUGUGGUCUUUAAAGCUUGGAACAAAGCAACGACGAAAUUUGAUAAGAAAUUCUUUGAUAAAGUGCUUUUGGAAUUAAAAGAUUACUUCCCCACAUACGUUUGUAUGCACAACCAGACAAGAAUGCAGCUCACAAACGCACCUAGUUCCUGGUUUUGUAUUGACCAUUGCGUGAAUUUUGAGAAAAAGAUCAGCGACUUGCCAGAAAAAGUAACAUUAACGGAUUUCUGUCGACUCGAUGGCGAGAUAAUGAGGGGUCGAAUGCCAAUUAGCUUAUCAUGGAAGUCUGAGGUAACACACCGCUUGACGUUUUUAAGUAUAAACAAUAUAUUGCUCAGGAGAGAUUUCUUCGUCAAUCUGUUCACUGUCUGUCCCAAAUUGGUGACACUAGACGUGUAUAUCGAGAAUGAAAUGAUACGUGACUACACAAAGUUUCUGUCAAGAGCGAUUCACUUGGCAAAGUUGAAGAAUUUCAUGUUAAUAUCAGAUGAUAUAGAUUACAAUAAAGUUUUUUCGAUUCUAUGUAAAUGUCCUAGUUUGGAAAAUGUUCAUAUUCGGGAACGUGAGAGAGUGGCUAACAGAGAAGAUGUAACAACAGCCAAUAUAGUUGUUUUUAUACAGAAAUGCGUUAAUUUAUACAGUUUGUUUAUUGAGGCUGACAUGACUGGGGAAGGUUUGACGAUGCUGAUGGCUCCUCUACGAAUCCAAGCCCAAAUGCUAGGUAGAGACUACCUGUGUAUAGAAGUAUGUGAAUCGUAUAGUGGAUGGAAUCCGUUCCAAGAUGUAUUUAACCCAAGUCCUUUACAGAUUACAAACUAAUGUUGUUUUGUACGCUUUUAUUGAAGUUAAUAAAUAUACUGAUAUCAUGUUC